AUGGCAGUGGAGAUCUUGUCUGACAUGGCAGCGACCAUGGACUCGCAGAACAGUCUGUGGGCACUGAAUGAGAAGCUGGCCGUGUAUGAGGAAUGUUUGUCCAUCAUCGAAUCCCUUGGCCAGUGGGAGGUGGAGCAGCUACUCAAUCAGGUCUCAGAAUUCACCGAGCCACUCAAGACGAUGGGCUUAGGUGCUAUUUCCAUGAACAACGUAGAACUUGAGCUGGAAGUCUGGAAGGUCUCCUUGCGGUUUUGCAUGGCAACGGGAUGCGCUGAUUCAGUGCGCCACGGAGAGCUUUUGAUCAGAGUUGGCGUAGCUUUGUCCAAGCAGGUUGAGCAGGACUCUGCUCUAAUCAUGCAGCACUACGACAAGGCCGACGCUGUUUUCUCCCAGCUGGGCCGGCAGAACACCCAUUGGUAUGCGAUUCUCGUACAUAACAUGGGAGUGGUCCUGGGACAGCAAGGAGAUAGAGAGCGUGAGCUGUCAAAUUACGAGAAGGCAGUUGCUACCUACCGGGGCCUCAAGAUGACCCAAACAGAAACCUUCACGAGCAUCCUGUAUGAAUUGGCUGCGAGCAGGACAGACCGGGGGGACAAAGAGGGUGGUCGGGAAGCCUUUCUGGAGGCUGAGCGGGUCUUCGUUCAAAGUCCAAAGUUGCAGUCCAGGAUGCGCUCGCACUAUGUGGGUCAAUACGGCCUCAGUCGUCGGGCAGCAGGUGAUCUGGCUGGAGCCAUUCACGCUUUUGAGAUAGCGGUGCAGGUCCAUGAGAAGGCUCAAACCUUACGCACAGAGGGUGGGCGUGCUGCGAAGAAAAACCUCAAGGAAGCAGAGACCAUUGUAGCCUCCCUGCCCAAAGAAGACAGGAGGCAAAUCGCAAGGCGCAUUGAAGUGCUUCGAUGGCCAAGCGAGCCGCAGACUGACGAGGAACUCGAGGCGGGCGUCUACCUGCAGCGCGCUGGUAGGUGA